CCUUCAGGCUCUCAUUUAACAACCGCCGUAGAACCCUCGUGGCCCGCUGCAAGGCUCUGCCAUCAUUGAAAAUGUCUAGUCUUGUGAAGGCGCUACGGCCUUUUGCAUCCUGCGAUAUUGGCGACGCGCUUGUAAAGCUCGGAGUACCCUUGGGAGGCUAUAUAAAUGACCUGCGCAUGUUCAGCCCGCAUAGGGCUGGCGAUCUUGAUAAAAAGACACCCACAAUGAUCGGUGAAGCAGUCACAGUGAAGAUGGUGCGUGCCGAUGAUACCGAAAGCCCCAGACCGGAGAAGCAUUUUGCAGACGCAAACGAGGCCGGCAAGGUCAUGUUUAUCUCCCAGCCUCCAUCAAUGUAUUCUGCAUGCUUUGGUGGCUUGAUGGCGGCGCGGGCGAAGAAGCUUGGUGCUGCCGGCGUUGUGGUCAACGGCCGGUUCCGCGACAUCGAAGAGAUUCAAGAUAUGGGUCUUCCACUUUUUGCGAGAGAGCAAUCUAUUCUUGGGUCAAAUUCGUUUACCAGAGCAUCUGAGAUCAAUGUACCAGUGAAGGCCAGACGCAACGCGUAUUCAAGGAGCUAUCUAUGGAUCAACCCUGGAGAUCUCUUGGUGGGUGACAAGGACGGCGUUGUCUGUGUGUCUCCUUCGUUGGUGGAUCAAGUUGUGCAGCUCUGCCAAGAACGAAAGGAGAUCGACGAGAAGACUCUGGCAGCUCUGGCCGAGGGCAUGAGCAUGGGUGAAGCGUUAGCGAAAUUUAGGAAAUAGAAAUUCUUGAUAGAGAGAACGCAGCCAGAGGCAGUGAGUGACGUGAUCAUCAUCAUGAUGAGCCGCCGAAUAUUGAGAAAACAAUGACAAGUCUGGGAGGAUUUUCUUGAGCCUACGAGACCCUUUGCACAUGUCUAAUGGUACACCUAAAAUGAUUCAUAACACAACUGUGCUUGAGUAUCAUUGAUGGAAGUUGGG